GUUUAUUAAAUGAUAAAAACAAUUCCACUUGAUAGAUAAAUAUAAAUGUCAUGAAAUGGAAUACAAAUAAUUCAUAUAAUAAUAUUAUCAAAUGAUAUUUGUUCAUGUUUUUGUUGUCAAUCAAGCUGGAUGUCGAAAUGUCAUAAGCCGCAUGUCGCGUCCUCUUUUCUUCCCCCCCACGUGUGGCAUGUGUUAUCGCGUCGCGUGCCAAGCGUGGUCGUUAUUAUUUCCGAGUGCGCUUGCUCGUGUUACUCGCGGUACCUUUGGAAUUCGUCUACCGAAUGCUUACCGGUUACGGUUUCCGUGAAUUAAUUUCAAAUGAUAAAACACAUGACUGUAUAAUAGUUAUUAUUCACAAUACUUGUGUAUGUAUAGAUUUAACAUGUAGGUACCUGGUAGGUUUUGUUAUGCUACCAACUUAUUAUUAUUGUAAACCGUGUAAAUUCAGGUCGAGAAAUGGUACUCUUAUAUUCAACAGAUCGAUAUAUAAAACACUGUAGAAGCAAUAAAAAAAAGUAUGCAAUGUAGACGAAAGAAAAAAAAUUAAAGUAAAAAAGUCGUCUUUAUGUUGAAGGCGAAUUUUUCUUCUCCUUCUUUUUAUCGCCUGGGGGUCCUCAACCCUCUACUAUGGCCCUGGAGAUGGUGGUGGGUGUGCAGCUGCGCCGAGGGUGAUCGUUAAAAGGCGCAUAAAAGAGGCAGCGCGAAUAGCAACAAUAAAAAUUCGUGGGCCUUCGUGUGUCGUCGUUGUCGUAUAACAGGACAUUGAGAGGGGUGGUAAACUCAAGGGAGGGCUUAUAGUUCUAGAGUGUACACAAGAGAGAAGCGAAAUAGAAAAAAAAUGGACAGAAAAAAAAACGACUUGAAAAAAAUUAAACGCAAAAGCAUAAGGAAAAAGAGAAUAAGAUUGCAAUACCGGCGGUGCCGGAGUUGGAGUGGGGUACGUAAUGAAACGAUAUUGAGUGGCUGUAAGAAGAGUAAAAAAGAAGGGGUAGGGAGAUGGAGAAAAAAAAAAUUCAAAAGAUAAAAUAAAGGAGGAGGAGGCGACGAAGGGAAAAGGAUGAAAUCACGUCCUUGAUGUAUAAAAUCAUUUGUUACCCACUUAUGCGAUUGACCCUAUCAGUUUGACACAAAUGAUGGGACAAAUGGAGAAGUAAGGAAUGGAGUCAAGUCCCAAUGGUGAUAGGUAAAGGGUGGUAUUUUAUAUGACAUGAACUUAUAGUAAGUUAGGUAUGGUAAAUCUACAAUUGAUGUAGAUUAUUCUUAUUAUAUUCUAGACUGAUUUUUUUCCCAUUUUCCAGACAAUUUUCUACAUGAAAAUUACCCUUGAUUCAAGCACUCUAAUCCCUAGUAAAAUGAUUUUCCAUACUGAUUGUAGAUUUACUACAAUUCUCAUAUAUUCGAUUUAUAAUUUAUUUUAAACUACUAAAUUGAACGAAUAUUCUUGAAAAGAAAAUGCAGAGGUACUGUGAGGGAAAAUUUAUAAAUAAAAGAGCGUUAAAAAAGUAUUGCUGGUAACAAAAUAAGAGGGGAUAGUUAAAGAGAAGAGGGAUAAAAUUGUAUAGUGAAGUAGGGGGUUCGUCUUCGCACCCCCUCUGUCGAUUGACCUCGCUUCGAUUUACUGAGUGGGGAGAAAAGCAGUCGUAAAAGAGUGGGAAAUGUGCACUUAGAUUUGAAAGUGGGGAGAAACGUGAAAGGCGAAAGAGGGAUGAUUCUACUGAGUAACUGGGUGCGGGGGUGAGUUAUAGAUUGAAGAAAGAAAAAGCUGGUGCAAGUGGAAGCGGAGGGUGAGUUUAAAUUGACGAAAAUGACGAGACUCUCCCACUUGCUAUAUAGAGUUUUUUUUUAUUUAUUGAAAUAAAUUUACAAGCUGCGAAAAGUGAUCAGAAAGUUUUUGCUCUUGCACCAGGAUUUAUCAAAGUAAAAAAUUUAUUCAUAGAGAUAAAUUUACAAAAAUAACCCAUUCUAAAUAUUUGUGUUCAUCAAGCAUGAGUUUUCGAAUUACUUCAAUAUUAAUUCUCAAUGAUUAUUAAAUGAAUUUUUUGGAAAUGAAAGAAAAAAAAUAUUAAAAUUUCCUUGACUGUCAAAAGCAUUGAUAUAAAUACUAUCAUUCAAAAUUCACACACUGAAUUAAUUUCAUAGAGAUAUAAAUAAUAACUAAAUAAAUAAAGUAAGUGAAGUAGAGUAUAAUAGAGUGUGAGUAUAAUAUGCGAAAAUAUAAACAAAAGUGACAGUAGAAUAGCACGAGAGAACGCAAGUCAAUUUUGGAUCGUUUAAAUCCCACCGUGAUAUCCAUAACGAUGAUAUUAGCCGGUGGCGAGCCACUGGAAAGCGAAUGUCGACCAAGUGACACAUGUAAAUGCAACUGAGUGCAACGAAGAUGACGACAAAUUUGCAUAGGCAAAUGAGAGAGUGAGAAAGUGCAUCGUUGAUAGUCUGUGUGUUAUACGAGAGAACACAAUGAAAUGUACAGACAAGAGUUUACCCAUUGUGAUUUUCUGUCUUUUUCUCUCAAUCUGUUGCUUUUUGUUCUCUUUAUUCUUUUAUGUACUUAUAUAAACCUACACUCUUUUUGCCGAAUAAACAUUUCAGCCGUUAAAAAGCCGUUUUUAUUUUACACUAAAUUUGUCGAUUCUAAAGCAUCGAGUUAACUUUAUUAAAGUGGUGUGAAUCAUUAUUUUAUUAAAGAUUAUUAUUAUUAUCAUUUUAAAAGUGUAAUAAACUAUUUUUAAAAAACGAUAAUAAUUAGAUAAAUGAUAAGAAGAUCUUUGUUAGGUUUAUAAAUAUAAUUAUAAGAAAAAAAAGGUAUUAUGGAUAGUCGAUAGAAUAUGUGCCACCCGCGAAAUUAAUGUCUUAAUAGUUUAUGACAAUGUCAUCACCAUUAUACCGUUUCUAUAGGGUAACACUAUACAUUUGCAAGUACGAUAAAUGGGUCACCAUUGUCAUCUAUCGUCAUUCUCAAAUAUAUUUACGGAUGCGUCAAUGUAUCGGAUUACCGCUUACUUUGUUAUGAGAAAGAUGAGUAAAGAUAUAUGUCGUUGAAACACGAUCAAACGUUGAUCCCAAAAGUUUGCAAUACUGCGAAAAGAUACAUUUGCGUGUUGUCAUUAAAUUUACCAUGGAAAUUCGGCGAAUGUAAUUGAAGAGAAACUAAAUAAUUAUAUCUGUUAUUUUAUUUCAAACUAAAAAAGUAAAAUGAUUCUGAUAAUAGUUUUAAAAAAAAAUAACAGAUUCAAGUGAUGAUAAAAUUCGAGCAUAGAAAAUACUAGUCAUUGGAGAUACUUGUAUAAAAAGUUAAUUAUCACAAGCAAACAACGUAGACACAUUUGAUAAGUAAUAAAAAAAAAAUAAAAUUAAAUUAAAGUUGAAAAAGACAACGAACAAAAAAAAAGCAGCUGAAUGCAAUUUCAGUGUCAUAAUAAUAAUAAUAAUGAAUGAUAAAUAAUGUAUUUUCUCCUUUUGAUUGUGAAUUAUCUUCAUUGCAGUUUCGAUUAUUAAAAGAGAUUACUCAAUACAUACGGCCCAUUUGCACGAAGCUAGCACGCGAGUUUCGGACAAAGGAUAGCCUUGUGUUCUCUCUCUCCCGUUGCAACUUCACUCGACCCCACCACCAAACUAUUGCAAAGUGUUGAGACUCGUCGCCAUAUCAUUUCCUAACCUUCUACUCUCGUCUAAACUGGAUCGCGAUUGGCCCAAUAGCUGAGUCGAUUAGAUCCUUGUGUAGCAAAAAAAGGGGACCAAAGGACGUGGGUCAAAUUAUGAACGAGGAGAGAGGGAACGACUGCUAAAAAUUACACUAUUCUGAUUGGCCGAUAUGUACGUGAGUGUGUAUAUAUGUGUAUGUGUGCUAGAUUAGUUACUAAGCUACUUGUUUCAAAUCAGACAAUGGGAGAUUUUUUAAUCACUGAAUCAAUGAGAUAAAUUGUUAGAUUAUUUCUUGCAAAGCCGAAUAAUUUUUGCUUCAUGAUUCACUGAUGAUCCAAUCUGAUGAUUAUACUGCAAUUAUUGAAUAUUCUUUACUGUGUAUAAUGAGUGUUGUAUUAGGUAGAGUAAAUGUAUGAGUUGGUAAAGAACAGGUUCGGAAUUUAUUUCCAUGCGAUCGCCCAUUUUCCUGACGCCCGGUCGUCCUUGAUAGCUUUUUGCGACGUUGACGACGUUCAACCGGGCGUGGCUCCCCUCUUCUCUUUCUCGUUUCAUCUUGUUCAGAGUUCUAAUUCCCCUUGAUAUGAUGUUUUAAAAGUUUUCCGGCGUAACGACUCGUGUCCUCGGAUUUGAUAUCUUUGCGGCUUUUUCUCUGCACCACCGUCGCCUACUCGUUGAUCCUGAGUUGAAUUUUAUCAGCAACCAAGGCGACGGAGACGACGUACAAUGACUGUCGUGGCUACGGAGACAGCCAUCUAAUCGUUUCUAGAAUUACUAACGCACUUGGACUUUGUACGCCAUGAAUAUUAACUCAACAUAGUUAGAGGGAGAAUAGGUUUGCGGUUAAACCACUAUGAUCACUAACGUUUUGGUGAUUAAUUCUUUAUGGUUUUAUUAUUAUUAUUAUUAUUACUAUUGCUAUGUUUUUACUUCUAGAAAUUUCUUAUUAUUAUUUUUACUGUAUUAUAAUAAUGAGUAUACGUGAUUACGAAUUAUCGUCAAUUAAAUAAGUCAGCCACUGUCGUGCAUCACGAAAGUACUGAUAUUUUUAUAAAAAAAAAGCUAAAAAAUUCACGUUUAAACUUUGUCAGAUUUCCCCAGUUUUAUAAUGCACGUAUUUCUCCUCUUUUUUUUUUUUUUGUUUAAUUUUAUCAUUGACACAGUGGAAUAAGAGAGGAGUAAAAAAACUUGAAUUAAAGUUCCUCAGACAGGUGAAUAGUUUGAUGUUAUGGUUAGUAGUAUUGAGAAAGGCACGGAAAUUAAAUGACGCAUUGAUCUUGGAAAAAGUAAAUCAUUAGUCUUGAGUGUAGAAAAGUAAUGUGUAAUCGUGCAGGAAGAGAAAAAAAUACGUCGAAUUCUGUUCAAAAUGAUCAUCAUGGUAAUAGUCAGUACUUUUCACAUGACUCACGCAAUCGGCCUUGAAGUUUGCACCCUCCACGUCAAGUUUUGUCUGGAACGAGUAGCGGAAGAGUUGAUGGGCCGUAGGAGAUGGAAGCAAUACCAGGACACCCUGUACAGCAGCACUCGGAGCGAAUCAGCCACGCAGCCACAUCACCGGCUUUAUCCAACGCUCUCGACAACCUGCAAUUUGGCAGCCGGGAGUUUGAGUCAGGUUGGUCAUCACCAAGCAUCCUCGGGUCCAAGUCCAACAGCAACAACAACACCCGAAUCCAUAGUUGCGAAACAACAACUAACCAAUCACAAGAACGACGAAUUACGUCUCAAGCCUGGAGACAUCAAGACAGAAGUCGAGGCUGCUACGGAGGAGAACGGUACUCGCUUGGAGUCUCUGCAGCACGGGCAAGUCCUUGCCAAUCUAAAACAGCACCAGAGACAACGAAAGGAAGACGAAGACGAAGGGAAAAACGAGAACGGCGAAAACGAUCAGGAGGGUGGAGAAAAAAGGCUCAAACUAGACGAGAACUCGGUGAGAACGACAAUCAGUCCACUGAGGGAGAACGAUACGUGCAGAAAAAACGAGUCAACGGAUACGGAAGAUAUCAAGGAAAAACCAACGGAAGCUGGUCUAGAACGAGUACAAGUGACUCCAGGUUUACUGAGAGUGAAAAAAGAAGAAGAGCUUCAGGAGUUGCCGCAACAGGUGAACUGUGGAGGAGAAACGACGAGAAGUGUGGUAGAUACUGGAACAAACAGACUAGCAAUCAGUGUCAAAGAGCAACCAACAGACUGUCCUACACUUCACUUUCAUCGGCGAGCAAGUCCACCACCCGAGGACUGGAAGCCAUUGGACAAGUGUUACCUCUGUCUAGAUGGAAAACUGCCUCACGACGACCAGCCGCCGCUUAGUCCUCAAAGUGAGAGUAGCAGUAGUUCGCGAUCUGCAGAGUCACCAAUGUCAGUACAAGUUGAUCCGAUGGCAGCCUCAGUGGUUGCUGCCGCACUUAGCGGUACAUAUCCAACCUUACUGCCACAGUGGUGCUUACCUCCGAGGGAAACACCUCUCGUGGGUGUUCAGAUACAUCAAGAGACCGGCCAGAUAGCCGAUCAGCCACUUGAUCUCUCGGCUAAACCGAAAAACUCUCAGGAUAACAACAUAUCCAUGUUGGAACAACAGAAAAUACCUCUGAGAAUGCCAACGGGGUUAGAUCCCAAGAGUAUCUUUGCCUCGUCUUAUCGCGCCAAACCAAGAUUGACAGGUCCAAUUGGUGCUGGUGGUGUGCCUGUGGUGGGUAGCGGAAGGAGAACAUAUACUGAAGAAGAACUUCAAGCUGCGCUCAGAGAUAUUCAAAGCGGUAAACUUGGCACCAGAAGGGCGGCUGUGAUUUAUGGAAUACCAAGGAGCACACUUCGCAACAAGGUCUACAAACUUGCAAUGGAACGUGAAAGGGAUGCGUCCCUGACAAGCACCCACUCACACCCCCACGAGUCCGGUGCCCCAGCAUCCGCCACCACCACCAUCACCACCACAACAACAACAACAACAACACCAACUACACCAAAUACGACCCAAAAUGCCUCUGCAACCACUCCGCCCGCGCAAGUGGACGAGGCAGAGGACAAGGAGUUAUCGGGAGCUGAAGAGGAGAAAGAAGUAGAGAAAGCCUUACUGAAGCCUUUGCUUUCAAUUGAGGAUCUUGUGAGGUUCUCAGCACUGGAAGCCAGUAGUGGGGAAUCUCUAAGGACUCUGCUUCAACGAGGACAAGACACAGGGACAGAAUGGCCCGGUUUUGAGCACGCUAACAUUGGGCCUUACAUCCAAAAGAUGUUAGCAGCGGCUGCACCAUUCAAGGGUUUAGAAACUCAAGAUUAUAGAAUACCCGAAGUCAUGAAGCGACUUAUGAGUGAAGACAAGAGAUUAAAUAAAGAUGUUAAUGGAGACCAAGCCCUUCCACAUCAACUUCCCCACUCUCAUUUGCUUCAAUCAUCGCAAACUCAACAAUCACAGUCACAACAACAAAGGUUACCCAUGACAAAUGAUGAUUUUAAUCCAAGCUUAGAAGAUGAAGCGAGUGACAGUGCUCAGGGCAGAGCCAUACUCAAGAUUCCGUCCUAUAAACCAGCGAGCACACCAGGCUCAAGUAAAAAUGGGGAACCGACCUCAGCUGCAUUCGCUCAAAGCUUUGCUGCUGCUUCCAGCGCUGCAGCUAGUCCUGGACUUUUAGAGAGAGCAAGUCCAGCGUUUUCAGGCACGAGUAGUCCGACGAAUUCCUUAGUUGGUAAAGCAGUCAACUUCCGUGAUGUUAUUGCAAAGAGCAUUAGUUCUAAAUUUCAAGAAGGUCAGUCCAAUUUACCAGGACAAACCUCAGUUCCUGGCCAGACGUCAGCUUCGAUGCUCAGUGAAACGAAUCCUUUUAAACGAGGACGAUACACUCCACCUCAGCCACAGUCUCAACAACAGCAACAACCAAAGCCACAAUCACAAGAAAAUAAAUCGAAACCAGUUUCCGGUGGCAAGGGUACAAGGCCAAAACGGGGCAAAUAUAGAAAUUAUGAUAGAGAUAGUCUCGUAGAAGCUGUUCGAGCUGUACAAAGAGGAGAGAUGAGCGUGCACAGAGCGGGAAGCUAUUAUGGUGUACCACAUUCCACUUUAGAAUAUAAAGUUAAAGAGAGACAUCUCAUGCGACCACGGAAAAGGGACCAGAAACCACCAGAUGAUAAAGCGAAAGAGCCCGCAGCUGCACCAGCAGCAUUACGACCGGGUAUUCAAGAUAAAAAACCUCCUCUGAAAACUCAAAAACCUUUUACUCCUGGUCCAGGAAGCAUUCCAAGCCCAAAUGGUCUCAAAAUUUCACCUUUUCUAGAAGGCAUGCCACAUUUACCAUUUCCACAUCCCUUUAAUUUUUGGGGUCCAACACCAUUCAUGCCUUCGCCUUUUAUUCCUGGAGCAUCGAACGUACCAACGAUGCUUCCAGAACAGUAUUUUGCACCCCAAAGAAUGAGAGGAUUACAAGAACAACAGAGGAGCGCGAUAGUGCAACAACAACAGCAGCAUCAAUCACAAAGGGAGAGGGAAGGCUCUGCAUCCGAACCUGGAACGUCAACUCCUCGGGGUUCGUCGAUAGUAAAAACAACCCGAGAGUUUGCUGAAAGUCUUUAUGACGGUAGUGGUGCAAAUGGAAGUUUUUUAGACAAUUUAAUUAGGUCGAGUCUUGAAACUGGCAUUCCGAGAGAUCAAAGAUCAUCGGCUGACGGAAAUCAAGCAACAACUACCCCUGGACAGCAUCAUUCUGAAGGAGGUAAAGCUCUUAUAGAUCAACUUUGUCGGAAUUCUAGGAGGACACCAUUGCCACGAACUACUCAAGAUAGCAGUGAAGACGAAAGCUAUCGAGGUGCAUCAACGAGAUCGCUACCAGAAAGACCUGAAAGGGUACCUACAGUUGAUCUCAGUCCUUCACCAACGGAUAGAGCAAGAACCGAUGAUCAAAGCAGUGAUCGAUUAACAUCACCACCUACACCAAUGUCAGUAUCAAGAACUGGCAGUCGAGAUGAAGACACACGAGACUCUAGGGUAGAUCGAGGUAGCAGAGAACGUGAGGUUCAUAAUGGUAAUCAAGAAGAUCGUGAGCCUAGAAAGACACUUAGUUUGCAACAGCAACUAAAUCAUUACUCGGACAUACACAAUCUCUAUUCUGUAUCAACUGACAAAAAAAGUGCCUGUGAUAGUAAGCUUAUAGUAGACCAGAAAACUCAGCAACAUUCACAACAGCUGGUUGUACAAUUGCAAAGAAGCUAUAAUGCUAGUGGUGUUAAUAACAGAUCAACUGAAGUUAAUCAACAAAACAACUCUCAAUCAUCAACUCAGCCUGUCCAGGAGCCACGUGGAGCUGUACUCAGCAUGGAAGACUCCGUAGAGCAGUAGACAAAACGUCAUUUUAUUGGUCUCGACAAAUGGCUCUCCAGGACUUGCGCAAGGCCUCAAGUGUAAUUGAUAAUAAUCUCAAUAUCAUGAAUGGCACUUGCAAUCUUCAAGCUGUUCUCGGAGUAUCUGAUCAUCUUUGUCCCUUUCAACCCACCCACCCACCGCUCACCGUAGAUGUUAUUAUUUGUCCAUACUUCUUCCUCACGUGGAGGAUAUUGUAUGUAAGUUUAUUGUUUCAUUUGUAAAUUAUACUUAUGCAAAUAAUUAUGCAUUAGAGAAACAAAUUUACAUUCGAAUAUAGUGUUUUAUACAUGUACAUCUAAGUAGUUAGAAAACGUCAAAAAAUAUUUUUUAUAUUCUAUAUAAAAUUGCAAUUAUUAUUUAAUAAAAUAAAUCUUAAUAAAUAAAAAGAAAUAUUCAGUUAUUUAGAGGUAAUAAUCACUCAUGUCAUGAUUAAUUAUAUGAUUAUUAUUUUUAUUAGUAACAUAUUAUUAUUAUUAUUAUUUGUAUUUUUUAGUAAAUGAUUUAUGCCACCGAUCAUUGAUCAUUAUAUUUACUGACACUUAUUAUUUUUUAAACGUAAUACUUUUUACAUAAUAUUAACAAUUGACAAAUAAAAUAAUAUACAAAACUAUUGCGCCUCUAAUAUACAUUUGUAGAAUUUUUAUUCUAUUUUGGUGCCCCAAGUUCAAGUAAGACAGAAACCGAUAUCCAACUGUGUACGUAUAUACAUAUAUAUAUAUAUAUAUAUAUGUAUUUCAAACAAUUAAUUGAGUGAAAAAAAAAAACAUGCGGACGGACUUUUACAAGAACGUUACAGUCUGAUGACAGAUAUCUUCAGAUUACAAUAUCAAAAAAGAAUAAAAUAAAUAACUGAUGAACAAUACAUAACUAUUUCUACAUAAAAACUCAUUCACAUACACAAUAAUACAUGAAAACUAAACCGAAGUAAUUGCAAAUUAAUAUAUUGAUACAUUUUGCAGAAAUGAAUUGUAAGAAGAGGUUUUAUUGAUGAUACGAAUUUUUCUUUGUAUAACAAAUACAACAUAUUUUUAAUUAUUUUAUAUUUUCUAAGGGAUAAUAAAUAAUAAAUGUAAAUUGUACAGACCAAGUGAAACACCUUUAGGAUAAUGGAAAAAAAUAGAUUGUAAAGUUAUCUUUUAAUUUUUGAGUAUUGUUAUACUUUCGUUGAAAUGUUUUUUUUUUAUGAGUAUAAUAUCGUGAAUUUAUACACGACUGUAUACGAUUGUCAUAAGACAUUAAUUAGAGUUAAAUUUAUUAUAAAAGUUACAGAAAUGCGUCGACGAAUGUGUAAGUGAAUUUUCCAAAUUAUUUCGUGAUAUGCACUUUCACAAAGUCACUGCGAAAACUAAGAUAUGCAAUUGUUAUGGAAGAUAUGCGAUUGGAUAAUUAUUCUUAUUUUAUUAUUCAUUUGAUAAUUAUUUUUAAAAUUAUCAUUAAUAUUAUUAACAAAAAAAAAAAUUUUUAAUAACUAGAUAAAGAAUUAGUAAAUAAUUGAAUAAUUUCUAAUCGCAUAUUAUACCGACGCCGUAGUAAAAUGUGGUUCACAAUUUAAACAUGUGAUACGCCGACCUUUAAGGGUUAAAACCCCUUUAAUACGGCGGCGCAUUUUUAAACAUUUUUUGAACGUAAGAUGCUCUUUUUGUUAAUGAUUGAUUGUUGUCAAAAUGGUUGUGAGGUUAUUACUAUUGAAAUAUGUUGAUAAUAAAGAUAAACACGCGAUUUUGGCGAAUUUCUCUUCGUACUUCUGUGAAUAAGAGAGAUCCGCAUGAAUUGUGUUCAAUAAAUAGGAUUUUGCGAGGAAAAAUAAAUAAUUUUUUAUUCAUAUGUAAAAUUAAAAAUCAUUUAUCUGAUUAGUUGAAUUGAAAAAAAAAGAAUAUUGAAUUAAAUAAUAAGGAAAGAAAAACGUUAAAAAUAAUCCUCGCAUUUCCUAAAAAAAUAUACAACUGGCAUUGAAAUAUAUAGAAUUUAAUUCCAUGUGCUAAGCACGACUUUCCUCUCAUUUUACAAAUGAGAACAAUGUUGAUCUCGAUCUUUAUGAAUCGUGGGACUAAUGUAAAUGAGACUGAUAUACCAGUAUUCAUGAAAAAAAAAAA